CCAAGAAAAAAGCUGCACAACAUGAUGGCACUGUACAUAGAUAUCAACAGACUCCUGUUAAGAAAGGUGAAAGAUUUAAGGUGUCUAACGCAAAUAAGAAACCGGGUGAAAGAAAAAUGGGCUGCAACACGUCCCAAACACCCUCCCACCCGUGUGGCCCUGCAACAUUUUGAUGCCACCUACACUGCACAGCUGGGACAGCUGUGGCCGUCAGUCCGAAUUGCAUUGCUAUCAGAGAGGAAGUAUGGUGCACUUAUCAAUAAUUUCUCUCAAGAUGCUGGCUUUGCAGACCUCGAGGCCCAAGGAUGUAGAGACUUUAUCAGUUUUAGAGAUGGAGAGGCUGGGUCAUCCUUUGAGCACAUUGAUGCUAAUAGUCAGCAACCAUUUCCCCUACACCUAAGCCAAAAUAUAAGGUGUUUUGUGUUUCCAAAAGGAGAUACCACACGAUUCAAGCCUGCAAAGCCAGAUCAGUUUGGACUUUUGUGUUACUACCUGAUGGAUGCAGCAUCUGUGCUGCCUUGUCUUGCAUUGGAUGUUCAGGAAGGUCAUACUGUCUUGGAUCUCUGCGCUGCUCCAGGGGGCAAAACCCUGGCUUUACUUCAGACUCAUAUGAUCGGGUAUUUGUGCAUAAAUGACUCAUCAGUGUCUCGAACUUUGCGACUAAAGAAGGUCCUUCAGAGUUACGUUCCUAAGCAGUUUUUGGCAGAUGACAGACUGCGCAUCACCUCUUUUGAUGGCACCAAAUGGGGGGAAAUUGAAAGUAACACUUUUGACAGAGUUCUGGUUGAUGUUCCCUGCACCACGGACAGACAUUCACUCAUGGAGGAUGACAACAACAUAUUCAGUAAGAGCAGGACCGUUCAGGCGGCUUGUCCUGGAGGGGAGAUCCUUUACUCCACCUGCACGCUGUCUCUAAAUCAGAACCUGAAUGUGGUGGAACAAGGUAUCUAUCUUGCUGAAAAGAACCACGACAUCCGCCUUCAGGUGGUCAGUCUGCAACACCUCACCAAGAUGUUUAGGAAUACAUUUCACUUCGCUCCUGACCUCCACCUGGGUGAAAUGGUCAUACCGCACUUAACUGCAAAUUUUGGACCCAUUUAUCUGUGUAAGCUAAGGAGGCUUAAUUAACAAGCUUUGGUGGACGCGUUUCGCUGAAGGCUUGUUGCCAAUAAACAUUAACUUUUUGAACUCAGUGGUUUCAGUGCCUCUGGACUUCGAACUCAUGGAACCAGACUUUUUCUGAACUUUGGAUUCAUCUAUAAGAGCUGGACUGUUGUGUCUUGUUGAUAAACAAACACUUCCAUCCAUCUAUUUUCUAUUCCCAAGAGGGAUGGAGCUUCUAAAGGCUGACACCAGCGAAAGGCAGGGUACGCCCUGGACAUGUCGCCAGUCAAUCGCAGUGUGGAGUGUUCAGUUAACCUAACAUGCAUGUUUUUGGAUGGUGGAAAGAAGACGGAGUACCUGAACUCAUGGAUAUUGGGGGAAACCAUGCAAACGCCACGCAGAAAGGUCCCAGAACUUUAACCAAGAACUUGUAAACCUGCAUUUAACAUGUGCAGUUUUAUUUUUGUCCCAUAGGUGUCCACAGUACAUAAGGAGGAAAGGAGCGCUUUAUAUUGAGUGUCCACUAGAGGACACUAAGCAUAUGUGUGUAAAGGUUUUAGGAACUCCAGAAUGUAUGUCCUUAUGCAGAUGAUAGAGAGAUGAUAUUUCAGGUUCACGUUACUGAGACACAAAAUUUCCAUCAGAAUUACACACUCUCUUUAACUCUGCAAUGAAAAAGGGUUUGGCUUUUUGGUUAUUCAUCAGGUCUGAUGGCUUGCCUAAUAACACGAUAUGCUUCUAUCUGAAAGGAGGAGAUAAUGAAAAGGCAGGUAAUGACUUAUUUGACCAUUUGGCUUCUCACAUCUGAAUUUGUGCACCUUUCAUUACUAUAGCUGGAUUGACUCAGUUUUACAUUGACAUCACUCAGAAGUGAAAUGUUUCCUCCUAUCACGGCCUAAUGUGAGCACAGAGGUGCCUCUUUUGGCAUCGCACCGUCGAUGACCCUUUAUGUUGUCCUGGCCAGGCAAUGUUGCAUGAAAAAAGGUGCGUGUGUGUUUUAUAUAUUUGUGUGUGUGUGUGUGUGUGUGUGUGUGUGUGUGUGUGUAAAACGAAUCCACUUCCCACUGUCAUUAAGCUGCUCCAAGUGCUAGAGCAGAGCUCCAUCCCUGUGCAGGGAUGGUCGGCAGCCAUGCGGCUCCCAGAUGAACAUUAAAGAGGCAGCAGAGAGCUAAAAUGGGACAACUCGCCCUGUUUUGCCCCUCCGCUUUUUUAUUCCACAGAUGAGUGCAGAUAAUUUUCUGUGCGAUUGUGAGUGAUUACUGUAUUACUGUGGCAAAAGGGGGAUGUAUCGGGGAAUGCAGAGGGAAUUAAUGACACAUAAAAACUAUUUUUGUAUUGACUGCGUUUGUCCCCAGGGCUUUGAAUGCCUCUUCACAUAUCUUGUGAUUACCUAAACGUAUUGUAAAUAUGUGUUUCCUAUGGGCUCUUACAUAAAUUUACAUGUUUUAACACUCAGGAGACGGCAGACAGUUAGAGAUGAGUUACUCUCCAUUUUGCCUAUCUAUAGACUCGACUGGCUGCCUGCUUUAUUAUUGAAUUAGCCAAUGAAGCGCUGUGCAUUUGUGUCCUUGCUUGUAAGCCUGUGUUAGGGUGACAUGCUUUGUAUUAGAAAGAUGAAUAUUAUGGAGUAAACUAUACAACAUGGCUUCUUUUGUGUUUUCAAAUACAAUUUAAAUGUGGCAUUUUUCGAAUAAA